AUGAGUAGAUCUGUAACACCCUAGAAAGGAACUAACAAAAGAAGCAUGAUCAGAGAUGUAUCAACUACUUAGAAGGAAACAAGUACAAAUACUGGCACGAUAAAUGAUGGAAACGGUAUAGGUUUAAGGGAUCUCUCUAAAACUGGGCUGGAUUAGUACAAUCAAAGCUUCUAAAAAGAAGAUCUAUAUUCUUAAAAAGUCAUGUCUAAUGAAAUCAUGCCAUUCAUCAUCAGAGAUAAUAGAUCAAUACCUACAAUAAGAAAUCCUAAGUUGCCUUCUAUAAUUAGUAAUAGAAAUAAUCUACUUGGGCUGAGUAACUAUCAAACUGUAAAUGCCAGUAAUUAUGAGAGAAAAUAAACUAAAAGCGGUUACGAUGAUGUCAAAUAAAGUGCCAUCAAGAUGCUAAACUUGGACAAAGCAAACAAACUAGUAAUAUUAUCCUUAAGUAUUAAUAAUCCUCUAUAGAUGUAAAAAUCCUACAGAGAAAUAAUGGAUACUGUAAGACACUAAACAAAGAAAUACAAUUUAGAUGAAUCAUUAGAAAACCUUCAUAAUGACUUCUCUACAAGUAUCCAUAAUCAGUCUAGUCUUGAAAAGCUCGACUCGAUUGCUGAUAUAUAAAGCAUUCAGAGCAAGUUAUUUAAAGCUUUUGAGACUUAAAAAGACUAAGUAAACUAAUAAUUGAUUUAAGCAAAACAAGAACUAGAUUUAAAGGACAAAGAACUUUUAAGAAUUAAAAGUUUACUGAUCUCUGAAUCCUAGCUUUUCAAUAACGAGCAGAACUAAAAGGAACUUGAGAAUGAAGUUCUUAACUUUCUUUAGUAAAACUAAAUGACUUUGAAGUAGUCUCAAGAAACCAAAGAAUAAAUUAGGGAAUAGCUGCAAAAUCUACUCAAGGAAACUAAUUACAGUGGGGCUUAGACGACACUCAAGGAAGUACAUACAUUCCUAAAUAUCUAAAAGAAAUUUGCAAUAGAUGUACCAGUUGAAGCAUCGAUAGUAGGAGAUAAGAGACAGAUAUUGGAGACGAAUAAUAUCAUGCUGAAUGAUCUGGCUAAUGAUUUAGAUGUCAGGUUUAAAGACACUUAGAGGCAAACUGCAAAGAAGAUACUUUAGAGAUUUUUCAAAAAGAACCCCACAAGGGAAAUAGAAGUACAAACUCAGAGUGAGGAACAGCUCAUAGAGAAUCUAAAGUCUCAGAUGAUAUAGAAGGAGGAAAUUAUAAAAGUAUAAAGAGAGGAGCUUGUGAAUUAAACAUUUCAAAUUAAAAGUUUAGACAGUAAAUUAAACCAGAAACUGGUUAAAGUUGAAACUCUUAAUGGGGAAAUUAAAAAACUCAAUCGAUAGAUUGAAGACUUCCAAGAGGAGCAAGAAAGACUCUCAAAGGAGCUGUAGCAUAAGCAUAAUAAUCUUAAAGACAAAGAAGACGAUGAGUAUGAAUUAAAAAAGAAGAUAGAUGAGUAAACUGAUGAUAUCAUGAGACUAGAAGAAAUGGUGUUUAACUUUAGAAAAUAACUGAGAUUGAUAGCUACUACAGGUGUUAUACCUGUUGAAUAAAUAAUGAGCGAGGAAGUGUAGCCAAUAAAGCAACUGCCUAAAUUCAAUUAACCUUAUCAUAACAGAUAAUUUAGCAAAGCUAGUUAGCUCCAAGGAGUAAGUGAUGGCAGCUAUAAUGAUGAAGAAUAUGCUUCUGAGAGCGAGAGUUCUGCAUAUUUAGACAGAAAGAAAAAAGUAAAUAAAAAGGCUGAAUAAGAGAAAGUCAGAAGAGAAUCCAUUAGAAGGACGAAGGUCAAGCAAAAUAAGCUUGCAGAUAGUAGUAUUGCUAGUGAAAGAUUCAAUUCAUCUCUUGAUUCUAGGUAAAACUAAUAUAGUUCUCAGGCUCAAGGCGAGAGUAUGCCUUAGAUUCAUCUUACUAAAUAUCAAAGCUCAAUGAAUUAAACACAGCAAAAUCAGGCCCUUGUUGUAAGAAUAAUUGAUGAAAAGUAGCAUUCUUUUUAGCCUCAAACUACUAAUUCGAUUAGCAUUUAAAAUCAACAGCAACCAAAUCAUCAAUAGAAUUCCUAUAAUAAAAGUCCAUAAUAAAGAUAAGAGGUAAAACAGACUGUUUAAAAUUCUAGCUUAAAGAAAGAUAAUAUUUUGUAAAAAAAUAGCUAGCCUCAAUAGAAAUUUAAUAAAUAAGCUCACUAAGGCAAGUCAUAGCAGCCUGUUCAGAAGUAAAACAAAUCAUAAGCAUUAGUUUAAGAAACUAAUCCAUAAAAUCUGAUCGAAUAGGCAUCAUAAUAGUAAUAAGCAUAAGUGAAUGAUUAGUUUGACUAGAAUAAAUAGGAAAUCUUAAUAAUUUAAGAGCAUAAUAAUCCAGAUUAAACUAUAAUUAUAGACAAACAAUAAGAGAGGCAAAAUAAAUCAAAGCAAAUCAAGAAUAGAAACAUUCUUACUAACUUAAAUAACAGCAUGGAUUCAAUUCUCUAGAAUAACAAUCAUAUGAAUUUUGAUGGUAUCAAUAAUUAGUCGCAUGAUACUUUAAGAGAAAGAAGCAGAAAUGUACAAUAUGAAGCACAAUCAACUUUCAGCAUCAGUGAAAUGAAUACGAAAACUUAUAACAGUAGGCCGAAAGUUAUUCUAAAUUAAAUCAGACAUGAAUUAGAUCUUAGUGAGUUAAAGUUAGAACAGUUCCUACUCUCUAGAAAGAAGAUUUACAUUCAGAGUCAAAAGGAUUAGUCAACUCAGUGUAUACAACAAAAUCUCAAGGCACUUACUUAAAAGACAUCAGGAACCUAAACAAAUAUUACAGGCUAAGUUCAUUAGAAAAAGCAGAUGUAAAGCUAAGAAAUCUAGGUGAAUACACGAGAACUAGAACAAUUAGAGAAAAGAGAGUUACUUUACAUUUAAAACAUUGAGAAGCUUUACGCUUCAAUCAAGAAACCCUCAAUGCAAGGGGAUAGUUACUUCGCUGCAGGUGGUAGCUUCUCAACUCAUUCAAAGCCUGCUCAUGCUGAGUUUAAUGGCCUAAAUGAACAUUCUAUCCUGAGACCCACAUAGGAUUCAAAUAAUAAGAAAAAACUUAGUCUCAAGAUUCAAGUUAAAAAUGCUAUCGGAGGUGGUGAUGCAUUCACCAAACUGGAAAGUGAUCGCUUUAAUAGAAAGGAUAAUAGCGUUGAACGGGCAAAUAAAUACCUAGAUCAUGAUGAUAAUUUUUCAACACUAAAGUUACAAUGA